ACUAAGCGGACGGAGAAUGAAGUUGCCAGUCUUAUAUAACCAUCUAGUUAUACAACCGUGCUGUUUACAAAAAAAUUCAUUAUUGGUUAUGUGAGCUGAAGUUGGAUUUUUAUAAAGUGAAAUGUCGUUUAUUGUUAGGAAUGUUGUGACGAGUUUAGUGCAUAAAAGUUUUUCAACACAAUUGAAAAAUGUUUCAGUUUUAUAUAGCACAAACAACAAGGUUGAUAUUGAUGCAUUGGUUAAGAAUAAUAAAGUUGUCGUAUUUAUGAAAGGUGUUCCUGAGGAACCGAAAUGUGGAUUUAGUAAUGCUGUAGUUCAGAUAUUGAGAAUGCAUGGCGUGAAGUAUGAUGCGCAUGACGUUUUAAAAAAUGACGAUCUUAGGCAAGGCAUCAAAACGUACUCGAACUGGCCGACCAUCCCGCAGGUGUUCAUCGGUGGGGAGUUUGUGGGCGGUUGCGACAUCCUGCUCCAGAUGCACCAGAACGGGGAGCUCGUCGAGGAACUGGAGAAAGCUGGCAUCCAGUCGGCGCUGCUGGAGAAGGCGAUACAAGAAGAAGAGGGCAAGAAGUCUGGAGAGGCCAAAUAGCAUCUGCGGGAAGGACAGCAUCUGGAAUGUCUACUUACCUGUUAGUUCUGUAUUUUGUAGGUUUUAAUUCUUUUUAAUGUUUACACUCAGAACAUGCAACUGGUUUGCAAAUUAUUUGUAAAAAAAAAACUAAUUAUUUUGUUGUGUUUUGUAUUAAUUUUUUAUCCUCAAAAUGAUUUUCAAGUAACCUUCCUACUUACUUUUACUUUAUUGUGUGUGUUGUUUCGUAGCAGCUACGUAUAGUUAAUAAACAUUAUUUACAGUUAACACUUAUUUUAUUGAUGCUCAUAACAUUUAAUUGUAAAGAUAAAUAUUAUUAAUGUGACGAAUAUACUUUUUUUUUUGUAGCAUUCCUUUGCAUUUAGCUUUCCAUAUUCCCUACAAAGUUUAGAGUUUACGUUUCAAACUCCUAAUGUUGAAAAAUUAAAAUUAGAAUAUUUUUAUUAAUAAAACAUAGUUCACUGGUAAAUGUGCUUAAAUUUUUGCAACUAAGGGAUCAUAUUUUCUUUACCACUUUUACAUGUAAAUUACUAAAUAGUCAAAGAAUGGCUAACUUAAUGGUUUACAUAUAUAUUCAGUAUUAAAUCAAAUGAACCAAGCCUGUUAAUUAUUUUUUUUAUGAAUGCAGGUUGUGUAUGUUGAUUUGAACAUGUUAGCAUCAAAUCAGUUAUAUUACCUUCAUAAGAAGAACAACAUAAUUAAUACACCUAUGUUUUUAAGUUCAACUGUCUCCUGGCCUGUUUUAGGUAUCACUCCAAUCUUUCGAAGCAAUAUCGUUUCAUAUUGAAGAGUGAAUUGUGGCAUUGGGGUUUUAAGUGUGCAGUUUAUUUUCAAAAUAUUAAAGAAGGUUUAUGAACAUCAUAAAAGUAAACUCACUUUACGUGAUUUUUUUUUAAAUAAUUCUAACACCAAUAAAUUAUUUUGAAAAGAAAAAAAAAAGGUAAUCCCAUUUAACCCUAUUGGAGAGCCUUCCCGAGAAGACAGAAAUGGGAUGUCAUAAAAUAAUUGGUUUUAUUUGCAAAAACAUUACAUAGUGGCAGUGCUGCCAAAGUAUCACUGGUUUUCCGUGUUUGUUACUGAUUUAGACUUACAGUUAUGGAAUUAAGGGGCAUUUGUUAUUACAGAACUAUAGAAACUUAAUUACACUUAUAAAACAUAGUGUACCUACCAGCAUUUUGUUUGAGAUAUCAUGCACAUAUAGUAGGUUGACUGUUGGCUGCAUAUGUGGCACAAAAUUGUUGUGAAAUCCAGUUUAGAUAGAUCUAGUUAAGUUUUUUAGAUGUGCUUUUAAAGACAAAUUUACCUCUAAGGAAAGUCAAGAAUCCAAGCACAUAAAACUUACAUCAUCAAAUGAUAAUUAGAAACUAGACCUUUUGUAAAGUUGAGUCUAUAAAUCCUAAUUCUUAUUGUAAAUAUUUUUUAUAAAGUUUUUUUUGUAUUUUGUAAUUUUAAAACUAUUCAAAGGAUGGAUUAGCUUGUUUACUGUUUAUGUUUGUUAAUUAUUUUGUAGAGUUUAGUAUUUGGCAUAAAUGUUAUCACACUUUUUUGCUGUAUGUGAUUUUUUUAGUAUGCAUAUAUGUGCCUGGAGUUUGUAGGGAUUAAAUUUUUUAAAAAUGAGUAAAA